GCUUAAAGUCCCGCCCUGGCUACGCUCCCCGUGUCGGAGCCCGAACCUGUUUUCCACCCAGCUCUGCACCUGUUCUCUGUCCUGACUGCCUGACUGCCUGACUGCCCCUGCUGCCAUCGCUCCGGGCCUCCGGCCGCGGUGACGCGCCGGCGCGCUAACUUGGGCCCACCUCUGGCCUCGCCGUGGCCCCACCCCUCCUUGGAGCCGGACCAUCUUUGUUGCACACCUUAGAACUGUAAAGCCACGCCUCCACGGACAUGCCGCGCCCACGUUCACGUUCCAAACACCAGAAGUCCAAGAGCAGAAACCGGAUAGGAAACGUAACUGAGGACCAACUGGAACUGUGUUCCUACCAGCUUCCCAGCCGACUUUAAAUGCUAGCGGGCUGCAUGGAGUAAGCGCACUCCUCUACUUCCUGAUGGAUGUCUCCUUCAGACGACUUUUUUAGGGCCACUACAGUGAGACAAAACAACAAUAACAUCACACGAGAACAUACAAGAAGAUCCAAGGCUACGGAAGAUGCAGAAAAUGCUUUUAAAGUGAGACUUAGUCUCAGAACAGCUCUGGGAGAUAAAGCAUACACCUGGGAUACAAAUGAAGAAUAUCUCUUCAAAGCGAUGGUGGCUUUCUCCAUGAGAAGAGUUCCCAACAGAGAAGCAACUGAAAUUUCCCACGUCCUACUUUGCAAUGUAACCCAGCGGGUGUCAUUCUGGUUUGUGGUUACCGAUCCUUCAAGGAAUCACACCCUUCCUGCUGUUGAGGUACAGUCAGCCAUAAGAAUGAAUAGGAACCGGAUCAACAAUGCCUUCUUUUUGAAUGACCAGACUCUGGAAUUUUUAAGAAUUCCUGCCACUCUUGCACCACCUACUGACCCAUCUGUGCCCAUCUGGAUUAUUAUAUUUGGUGUGAUAUUUUGCAUCGUCAUAGUGGCAACCAUGCUAUUGAUUUUGUCAGGAAUCCGGCAACAUAGAAGGAAGAACAAAGGACCUUCUGAAAUGGAAGACACUGAAGAUAAAUGGGAAAACACAGUCAAAAUUGAAAAUGGCAUCCCCUGCGAUCCCCUGGACAUGAAGGGAGGGCACGUUAAUGAUGCCUUUGUGACAGAGGAUGAGCGGCUCACCCCCCUCUGAAGGGCUGCUGUUUUGUUUCCCCCUGAAACUCAACACUUGUUUCUGUGCAACUGCUGAACAUCACAAUUCAUUGAGGGAAGAUUAUAUAUUUUGUUUCACCAUUCUUCUUUUGUAAGAAAUUUUGAAUGUGCAUGAAAUUGAAAGGCAAUGAAUUAUACCCAUGAAGACCAUUGGAAUAAUAAGCUGUUGACUAUCCAGAAUAUUCUAAAAUAUUUCUCUGACAGCACAGUGUGUAAGUGUAGUCAUGUGGCAUUUGUAGUUACUGAUUUUAAAAUGCAUUAGUAUUUAAGCAUUUCCAGCAAUAAGGUCAGGCCAGUAUAUAUAUAUCACACUUUAAAGACCUAAGAAAAAAUACUUUUCCAGUGGAGAAUGCCUAUAAUAUGGUGUCCAAAUCAUUGAAAAUGGAUCCUUUUUGAAUAUCAUUUAUAUCACUCUGUAUAUGACAAGAUAAGCAAGAAGAACAAGUAAUUACUGUAAAUGGGUUGGAUAAAAAUGGGCGUGUUGAUAUACAAGGUGGAAUUUGAUCCUGUUAUCAUACCAACAGUUGCUUAUAUAUAUUUUCUGACUAUCAGUCUCUAAUAGGGCAUCUGUAUUCAUUGAUUAUUUCUGCAGUUUGUAGAAGUACAAUCUAUGCUAACUUAAUA